GACACUGCGCAUGUGCGAGCCUCUCGUGUCUUCGACCUCUACUACAGACCGACUCCUCGCAUCACCUCCAGCCUCCUGUCGUCGACCUGAGCCUCUCGUCCCCGUCGUCAUGUUCGCCUGCGCCAAGUUUGUCUCCACGCCCUCCCUGGUGAUCCGUGCUGGAUCCCGGGUACUGUACAGACCGCUCUCAGCAGCAGUCGUCUCAGAUGCCAGGAAAGCAGAGACUGCCUCACUCCUUGCACCACAGUCUAUCGCAGCCUCUCAGCAGCAACUGGCAGUGCGGGGUUUCCAGACCAGUGCCGUGAGCCGUGACAUCGACACUGCCGCUAAGUUCAUUGGUGCUGGAGCUGCCACUGUGGGAGUGGCUGGAUCCGGGGCUGGAAUCGGAACAGUGUUCGGCAGCCUUAUUAUCGGUUAUGCCAGGAACCCCUCGCUCAAGCAGCAGCUGUUCUCUUAUGCCAUCUUGGGCUUUGCUCUGUCUGAAGCUAUGGGUCUCUUCUGUCUGAUGGUUGCUUUCCUAAUUCUGUUCGCCAUGUAAACUAGCUCAGCACUUGGUGUUAAAGGGAAACACAUCACAAAGUCAUUCUCUUAUCUUGUUGCUUAUUAGCAGUUAUUCGUGCUCGUUAACAAAAAUGUGAUGUCUGAAACUCUGGCAAACCAUUGCUCAUAUUAAAUGACGGUUUGACACCAUAUUGUAUUUUUAAUCAAAUGUUUAUGUUCACAAACGUGCAACCAAUAACAGAAGUAAAAGAGUUAAUGAAUCAAA